CUCACUCACUACAAUGAGCAGCUAAGCAAGAAGCCUUUGUUUAUUGCUGCUGUCCAGCGAUAUCAGGAAUUCAUCAGCAAUCUCCAGAUUCAGGUUACAAAUUACUGUGUCAACGUUUGCGCUACAAGCCUUCUUCAGGAUGCAGAGAGCCACCACUGGGAUGACAACAAAGCUUUUUAUGAGGGAGAGCGAUGUUCAUUUUCCAUUCAGAUGUGGCAUUAUUUCUGCUGUGGACUUCGUCAUGAUUUAUGGACUAUUGUUUCACCAGUUAGUGCACAGAAGAUCCUUUCUGAAGUCCUGGAGCAGACUUUGGCU